GCGGUUGGCCCGGCGCGAGGCAAACGGCCUCAGCCCGCCCUGGGCGCGCGUCGCCGGUCCCGCCCCGCCCGGCCGCGGCCGCCAUGGAGAUACUCGAGGGUUCUCGUGCAGCGUGUCAGACUGAUUCCUUGAGAGUUUAGAUGGAGCCAAACCCACAGCCCAAAGUGGCCUUCCGAGGCGGCAGCUGCUGCUGGAGCGGUGCGGACGCUGGCGGGAGGCUGACCGAUGCCUUCAGCAGCAUAAUGACAGGCUCUGCCUCGCUCUAUGGCUGCUACAAAUCACAGAAUGAAGAGAACACAGAGGUGCCUCAGAGCUAUGCUUCCUCCCUUUCCACAUCAGAGUUCCCUGCCCCUGUGGACACUUCCCUUUUGUACACGCCGUGGUCCACCUGUGGAGAUGACCCCAAGCAGCCUGCUGCUUCCCAGCUCAGCACGAAGUCCAGGAUCCAGGCCGAGAGGAACGAGUAUGGCAGUGAAACAGACCUGUACGGGCUGGUGUCAGACAUCCUGGAGGAGCAGGAGAAGCCACAGCCGUGUUGUGCUGAGGGGAGCUGCCCUUCCAACUUCAAAUCCUUAUGGCCUGUGAACGCCACCAGAGUGCCAGACCACCACGAGCUGCUGCCGGAAACCAAACGAGCAGUCGCUGGGGCUGCCUCUCCGCAGGGCUUUUACGGCGGGGAAGCUGUCCCUGGUGCUGAGCAGUACCUGCAGCGGGCAGAGGAGUGCUACCGCGGCCUGGCCGCCGUCAGCCUGGAGGAGCAGUGCCUGUACCCUGCCCGGAGCGAACGUGCCAGCGGCUGCGGCAUGCAGGCCAGCGAGGGCCUGAGGACGAGCCCUGUGUAUCAGAACUACCCCUACAUGAAGAGCACCUUUGCAGCCCAGGCUGGCUGCUCGGAAGGGAUCAAAGACUCAGGGGCUGAGGCUUUUCCUUAUGGGAGGGAGAAGCUGGGUCCUAAAGGAGCAGAUGUGCAGCUGCACCAAAAGUGGGCAGAGCCCUUCCUGCCGCAGUUCCAGAGGUACAGCGAGGGCACAGAUUACGGCAGGUACCCUGAGUACCCUCAUGCUGGCAAGGCCAAGCCUAGCAAGAGCACCAGCUGCAGCCUCCAAGAAGCUAAAUUAGUGAACGGGGCCCCUGAGGCGCCGUCCCUGGACGCAGAACCCUAUGCUAAAUUGUAUCAAGUUAAAUCUGCACCCCAGAAAAAGGCAGAAGAGAGAAUUGCCGAGCAGCAGAGCUUCUCCUUCCCCAGGGCCCCAGGGCUUCUGCCAGAGAAACCGCUCCCAGGCGAGCCUUCAUUCUGCCCUGACGUGGGGCCGAAGCUUGAGUAUGGACUGAAAGCUUUCACUCCUUGUCCAGGGGCUGGUGACUGUGCCUUUGGUGCUGAGAAGCAGCCUUUUGCCAAGCCUGAUCUGCAGAACCCAGAGUACUGCAAGCUCCUUCCCCUGUUUGCAGGCACAGCAAACCCUGCUGCGGGUUCUAGCGUGAGGCCAACCUGGCUGAACACCCAAACCAAGUCUGCUGCCCCUGUCCCACUUCAGCCCCCAAAUCCUCUGGGGAAACGCAAUCAUCAUUUCCCUGCUUUUCCAAAAGGCUCCACUCAUUCCAAUGAUUUAUUUCAGCUGCCCUCUUCCAGCUUCCCUUUCAGCAGCAGCAGCAGCCUGUUUCCCAGGUACUGCCAGGAGAACCCUUCCUUUGCCCCAGGCCUUGACUUGGGUUACUGCAGUGCGGAGCGAGGUCGCUCCGUGGCGUGCGUGGAAGUGCCAGUCAGGGCUGGAGAGGAGAACCUCCUGGACUAUUUGAGUGAGAAGAAACUAAAGCAGCCCAAUGGGCUCUGUGACAGCUUCUCAGCUCAGCACUUGGGGGUCAUGGACAGCCUGAGCAAACACCGCCUCCAGCUGAAGCCACCCAGUGAGCGCCACCAGCUGGAGGGGCAGAAGCAGGCAGAUGGGUGGCUGCAGAGCAUGUACCAAGAGCUGAUGGAGUCUCAGGGUCAGUUCCCUCUCGGGCAGGGGAAUGGGGACCCUCUGAGCUGCCUGCAGGCCCCAAGCUUGCCCAGCAGCUGCCUGAUAGGGGACCUGAGGCGCAGCCAGCAGCUUGGCUCCGGCACCUUCCCCUGGAGGCCCCCUCGUGUCUUCAGCCCCUCGGUCCUUCCUCUGCUGGAGCCUCCUGACUUGUUCUCCCGCGAGGAUGUGAGGCGCUUCUGCCCUUACUUCAGCAGGAAGAUGAGUGCUGACACUGCUGCUGCCUUCGGCCCAGCCUUCGCAGCUCCGCGGCCGGCCAAGAGCCGCUGCGGGCCUGCCAGCGAGCUCCACCUGAGGCUGGAGGAGUGCUAUGAGCAGUGGAAAGCUCUGGAGAAAGAAAGGAAGAAGACUGAAUCAGCUCUUGCGAAGAAUUUCCAAGGGAAGAAGGUUUCCAGUGCUAACAACAUCCCAAUUCCGAGGCUGCCAUCAAACCCAUCAAGAGUUGAUCGCUUAAUUGUGGAUCAGUUGCGUGAACAAGCCAGAGUGGUGACUCUGCUGAGGAAGAUGGAGCGGCUGCGCAGCUCCCCCCUGCACGCCAACAUUGCCACCGCCCUGGAUAAGCACCUGGAGCUCGUCCACCUGGUGCAGGCACGCAGGAAGGAGGAGCUUGUCAAUGCUUCCAGUCGGCAGAGGCAAGGAGCUGCCAGGUGCCAGGAUGACAGAGGUGUCCUUGCCCUGGCGCUGGCAGUGGGCGAGCUGAGCGCUGCCACCCGCCGGGCCCGCAGCACGCUCUGGUGUGCCCUGCAGAUGACCUUGCCCAAACCUGCCGCGGGGAAGGCAGCAGCGGCAGCGGCUCCGCAGCUGGAGGGGUGAGGUGAGCGGCGAGGAGCCCCCGGCCGUGAGCAGAAGAGGCCGCGGGGAGACAGCAGCCACUAAGCGCUCCUGAUGCCUGCCAAGUUCGAGCCGCUCCCGGCCCUCUUGGAAGCUGUGUCUCGACCAGGAGUGGAGUUCACGGUGCCGGAGGGCUGCGAGGCCAAACCGGUGGAUGUUAACUUAAGCCAAUCAGACUCCUUAAUUAGCAGCCAAGGCAUUAUUUAACUUCCCCAGUUGCAGCUUUUUAGUUUCCCUUCAGGAAAUAGGUUUUAAAAAUAAUGAUUCUUAAAGGCUUGGCUGAGAGGGGGUAGGUUGAGAUUGUGAUGUAAAAGUGGGUCCCUUACCAAACCGAGAGGAGGAGAAACCGCUCAGACCCCCCCCUCCCCCCCCAGAUUCAUGUGAAAUGAACUAUUUAAAGUAUAAAUAUUUAUGGCUUUGGGAUUUUAGCCUCCGUGUCUGGGCAGGGAGGUGCUGCACCUGCGCCUGCCCCUGCUGAGCGCCUGCGGCCGCAGCCUGCCGGCGCGGAGCUGCGCGGUGCGGUCAGCGCCUUCGGUCGCUUGGGCGUGCUCUCGGCGGGGGGGGGAGGGGAUCCUGUUUUAAAGUAUUUAAAGAUAAUCAAAACGUGCCCCAGGGUUGUCCUGCAGAGAGCUCCGCAGCAGCUGGAAUAAUGCCCUUGGUUUUAGUGCCUUCAGAACUGCCAGGGGUAGUGCCCGGUUCUGGAACUUCAGUUGCCUUCAGGUUUGCUUCUCACUGGUUUGGUUUGGAAUUCUGUUGUGUUUUACAUUUCCUGGCUCAGCUCUGUGUGUUCGGCAGCUGCCCCUAGCCCGGGUGGGGCAGGAGUCGUUUGUUCGCCGUGCCAGGCGUGGGCACCGCGGGGCGUGGGCACCUCGUGUGUGCCUCACAUUUCCCCAGCUGCCCCUGCCUAGCUGCCCUGGUGCUUUACGUGUCCCUGCUCUUCCUGGGACGCAGGCGGUGCUGGCACAGCAGCUACCUGGCGUUAGGUGGUAGGAGUGCAGCAGGGGGUGCCUGGCCAGCGGGGGGCCCCGAGCGCGUCCCCAGCGGUCGCUGCCUGCAGGCCUGCGGAGCCUGGGCCGCGCUGCUGCGGCAGAGCACUGCUGUGGCAGAGCACUGCUGCCCAAGGCUGUCUGCUGGGAAAUAAAGUCACUCGUGUUGAAGA